ACAGACUAGGGGCCUGGGGUGGUGAGGAUUGAGGCGUCUUGUGGCUGUUCUGAGCUCCUUGAAAGCUGAACAGUGUCCAGCUCCUUUCCCCCCUGGGCUGGCUCUGCGCAGACCCGGAAGCAGGCAACUCUGGCAGGCGGAGCAGGGGUGGGGAAAGAGGGAGAGAGAGUGAGAGAGGGACAAGAGCCCGGGGAAGCCAGGAACCGCGAUGGCGACGGACUGUGGGGUGUGGAUUGGCAGCGUGUACCUGUUUGUGCAGUCGACCCGGAAGGAGGUGGUGCUGUCGGCUGUGUACGCCAGCCCACAGAAGCCAAGUGUGUUUGGAGCUCUCAAGCUAUCCCUUGCAGAGGCCACGGGCAACCAGCCUGGCUUGGAGGUCCUGAAGAUACACUGUAGUGAACCCCAGCUCAUUGUUCAACUGAAGUUCUGCCAGCAGGAGUGCUGCCGUCGCUUUCUGUGCAGCUAUCGGGAGGGGACAUUGCAUGGGGCUCUGCAAAGCCACCUGCAGCCGGUCCUGGGCUGCAGCCCCGGGCCCCUGCUCCUGGAGCUCAAGGUGGGCUCAGAGCAGCUGGAUGGCUUGAUGCAGGAGGAGGAGCGCUGCCUGGAGCUCAUCUACCGAGAGAAGCCAGAUCGGCUCCGGGAUGAGGAGAUCGCGGACCUGGAGGAUGCGCUCCGGAACCUGACCUGCCGGCAGGAGGGGAAGGAGGCAACCCCCUCUCUGGGCGAAUGGGAGCCCAACCCCACCACGGGUGGGAAGCCCCCAGCGGCCCCAACGACGGAAGACACCUUUGUCUUCCAGGGACAGCACGUCGCCAACCGGCCCCUGAGCCUAGAGGACCAGCAGCGGUUUGCGCGCCUGGUGGGGAAGAAGUGGAAGAAGGUGGGCCGGUCGCUGCAGCGGAGCUGCCGGGCUCUGCGGGACCCAGUGAUCGAUGCGCUGGCCUACGAGUACGAGCGGGAGGGGCUGUAUGAACAGGCCUACCAGCUGCUGCUACACUUUGUGCGGGCUGAGGGCCGGCGGGCCACGCUGCAGCGGCUCGUGGAGGCGCUGGAGGAGAACAGCCUCACCAGCUUGGCUGAGGAUCUGCUGGGUCUGCAGCACCAAGAGAGCGAGAUCUCCUAGCACCCCCGCCCGCUCUCUCCAUCCCCCUCCCUGCGGCUGUCCUGGCCCCACUUGGGACAGCUUCCCACCGGGGGCUGGGGGAGCCUAAGAAAAAUGACAUCAGUGGGGAUUUCCUAGCCACCUGGCAUUUUCAGGAUCUGCCUUCCUUGCUUCUCCCCAGCGAGUGAUAUCCCUUCCCAAUCCCUAACCCUAGCCCCCUCCUCCCCGUCCCCCACCCAAGGAGCCUCCCACUCGCCUCCUCUCCUCCCUCCCCAACUCACAGCACUUCUCUGUGUCCUCCCUCGUGUCAGCCCUCCCACUGCUCAGGCUCUUGGUCUUCUCAUGCCAAGACCCAGUCCUCGGGUAGGCAUCCCUCAGAGAGGCAUACACAGGCUGCAGUUUCCCACCCAGGUGGAGCCUGGGGACUGCAGUGCCCUGGUCUGAGCCAGGGCCCCGAACCUGACCUGGGGUCAAGUGGGUGCAGCAGGAGGGGGCCUCAGUGGCACCAGGCCCGAUGCCACCAUCGGAGCCACCCUUUCUCCACUGAUCUGGCUCCGUCCCCCAGCCCUAGGAGCUGAGCCCAAAUGCCUCUGGUCUGGGUCUCAGCAUCAACACUCCUCUCUCUGAAAAGAGGGGGCCAGGGUCGCUCUGGGGCUCAGAUGCCUGAAAGCGAGGCCGGGGAUGGGCCCUGAGCCCUGCAUCCUGUAACCCCACUCCACAACCUUGGCCCACCUGGGUCUGGGAAUGAGAUUGUGCCUCUUGACCAGUAUGAUCUGCAGGGGCCGACCACUGACAGCAGAUCUGGCCAGAUUCUUCCACCCUCAUCCCUGCCUCGGAACGGCCUUCCCCCGAUUUCUCCCUCAUUUUCCUUCCUUGGACCUGGGGGCUGGGUUCGUGCUCUGUGUGCUGCCAGCUCCGUGGUGGGGAAAGGGGGGAGUGCUCUUAGCCCCUUCCCAUUCCUUUUACCCGAGUCAGCUGGACAGGCCUCCUCGGUCUCCGGCACCUCCACAGCCAUCCCACCAGGCGAGCUCGUCUGUAAUGCCAUCUUUGGUUUGGAGCUGGGGUGGAGGAUGGUGGGGUGGGGGGAAGCUACCCCCUUUCCCUCUCGUCGCCACCCCUGCCCCCCGAAACCAGACUGAGAGCUCCAUGUCACAUUUGUCUCCUGAGACCAAAUGACCGUGCGGGCAGAACCUGUGUUUCAUGCCCGGGACUAGAGGAUAUUUUUCAAGAAAUGAUAUGAGUAAAGUGCCUUUUAGA